CAAACAUCCAAACGGAGAAAGCACCUUAAUCCUUCAUCGAAAUGCAGAGUUCAAAGUCCUUUUUGAUACGCGAUCUCCUGGGAGAUUUGAUCACUCGACGGCAAACAGAUUCGGAACUGGAACUCUCGAAUGAUGAUUCGGACAUCGAUAUCGAGGACCGGUCCACGCCCGAUUCCACAGCCGCCGGCUGCCAGCAGGAUCUGCUACUGGCGCACCGUCACUCGCACCACCACCACCACCUGCCGCACCACCACCCGCAUCAUCAUCAGCAUCAUCAUAAUCAUCAUGGCUUUGCCCACCACCAGGACGAGUCCAGUGUGGAGUCCUGUGGCUCGGCCACCCCAGGUCCUGGCAGUGGUGCCAGUCUAAGUGCUGCUGCUGCCGUUGCCGCCGGUCUUUUGGCGGCUGCAGCUUCCGGGGGUGAGGGCGCAUCUAGCAGUGCAGGAGGAGGAGGAGCUGGAGGAUCUGGUGGCGGUGGAGGAUCAGGCGGUGGAAGUGGCAACGGCAGCAGUGGUGGACCAGGUGGCGGCUCCUAUGCGGAUCACAAGCUGCAGCUGAGCAAGAGCGGACGGAAGCCGCGUCGCCGGCGCACCGCCUUCACCCACGCCCAGUUGGCCUACUUGGAGCGCAAGUUCCGCUGCCAGAAGUACCUCAGUGUGGCGGAUCGCAGUGAUGUGGCCGAGACCCUGAAUCUAUCCGAGACCCAAGUGAAGACCUGGUACCAAAAUCGACGAACCAAAUGGAAGCGCCAGAAUCAGCUACGUUUGGAGCAACUACGUCACCAGGCCACCUUGGAGAAGGACUUUGUGGUGCAGGAGGGUGGUGGCGGUGGUGGGGCAUUGGGAUGCUGCCCCACUGGGCUGAGCGGUUCGUUUAGUGCCGCCGCUGCCGCUGCCGCAGCUGCCAGCAAUCCGUGCAAUUUUCUCACAUCCGCUGCCGCGGCGGCUAUAUUCCGGAAUGUUGGCUAUGUCCACGGAUGUCCCAUGUAGGAGACUCCUCCAAGUCCCACUUAA